UUUUACUGCAAAAGUUACUCACUCAAUUUACGCAAGUGAUGGGAAGGACCGUGGUUUGUUGAAAGACGCGUACAAUUCAUUUACUACUUCUUACUUCUUAGUUCACUCAUCUUUCUUUUUGGAGAUCUCUCUACAGCUUCAGUUUGUUUCCAAACAAACUAAUUCAAAUCUUAGGUUGUAUUCUUCUGACAAAGAUCUCAGCUUGAUUGUUCUCACACUUUCUGAAAGAACACAUUUCCAUCUUGGAGAGACUGUGCUUGAGAUUCAAUAUCAUGGCAGAGUUGGUUGUUGAGGCAUUACUUUCUUCUUCCUUUCAAAUGAUUUUUGAGAGGUUGGCUUCGGUUGAUAUCAGAGACUACUUUGGUAGUAAUAAACUUGAUAAGCUGGUGAAAGAACUUGAUAUUAAACUCAAUUCUAUCAACCAUGUCUUGGAAGAAGCAGAGAUAAAACAGUAUCAAAGCACACAUGUGAAGAAGUGGCUUGAUGAACUUAAACAUGUUGUUUAUGAAGCAGACCAAAUUUUGGAUGAGAUUGAUACUGAUGCAAUGGUGAAUGAGAUGAAAGCGGAAUCUGAACCUGUUACCACUAUUGUAUUGAGCUUUUUUCCAUCUUUAACUCCAAAUCCAUUUGAAUCUAGGAUCAAUGAACUACUGGAGAAUCUACAGUUACUCGCAGAUCAAAAGAAAGAUUUGGGAUUGGAAGAUGGUCCUUGUGCUAGUAAAGAAGGCUUAGUCAGCUGGAAACCAGCAACUAGAUUGUCAACUACAGCUCUUGUGGAUGAGUCAACCAUAUAUGGCAGAGGUGUUCAGAAGGAAGAACUUAUCAAAUUUUUAUUUGAAGGCAAUGACAGGGGCAACCAAGUUCCAAUAAUCAGCAUAGUUGGUUUAGGAGGGAUGGGAAAAACCACUCUUGCUAAGCUUGUGUACAACGACAAUACGAUGAAGGGUCACUUUGAACUUAAAGCAUGGGUCUAUGUUUCAGAAUCUUUUGAUGAUGUUGGAUUCACCAAAGCAAUUCUCACGUCAUUUGAGUUUUCAGCAGAUGGCGAAGACUUGAAUCUACUUCAACAACAACUGCAUGACAAACUAACAGGCAAGAAAUACUUGCUUGUUUUAGACGAUAUCUGGAACGGGAAUGCUGAAUGUUGGGAGAAGUUACUACUUCCGUUUAACCAUGGAUCUUCUGGAAGUAAGAUUAUUGUGACAACACGUGACAAGGAGGUAGCGGAGGUCCUGAAUUCAAAGUUAUUUGAUUUACAACAAUUGGACAAAAGCUAUUGUUGGAGUUUAUUUGUGACACAUGCAUUUCAAGGUAGGAAUGUCUGCGAAUAUCCAAAAUUUGAAUCAAUUGGAAAGAAAAUAGUGAACAAGUGUGGAGGGUUGCCUUUAGCUGUAAAAACACUGGGACAACUGUUGAGAAAAAAUUUCUCUGAACAUGAAUGGACUAAGAUAUUGGAGACUGAUAUGUGGAGAUUACCAGACGGGGUCAAAAACAUUAACCCAGUGCUGAGAUUGAGUUAUCAUAAUCUCCCUUCCAACCAUAAGCGUUGUUUUGCUUAUUGUUCUAUAUUUCCCAGAGGGUAUGGCUAUUGCAAAGGUGGGCUAAUCAGGUUUUGGAUGGCAGAAGGUUUGUUGAAGUGUUGUGGCGCAGGAAAAAGUGAAGAAGAGUUUGGUAAUGAAAUUUUCGGUGAUCUUGAGUCAAUUUCAUUUUUCCAAAAAUCGUCUUCCUACUUUGUGAUGCAUGAUCUUGUCAAUGAUUUAGCAAAAUCAGUGUCAGGAGAAUUUGGUAUGCAAAUAGAGGGUUCUAGGGUGAAAGGUAUCCCUGAAAGAACACGUCACAUUUGGUUGUAUCUUCAAUUAAAUUGUGGUGAUAAAUUACUAGAGUCAAUUUGUGAGCGUAAGGGAUUACGUAGUCUGAUAGUAAUAUGUUGCACAGCUACGUCAGAUACGUUGAUAAGCAAAAAUGUGCAACUUGAUCUGUUUUCAAGACUAACAUGUUUGUGGAUGUUAUCAUUUAGUUAUUGUCGUCUCUCAGAGCUAGUUGAUGAGAUAGGCAAUUUAAAACUUUUGCGUUAUCUAGACCUUUCUCACACAAAGAUUAAAAGCUUACCUGAUACCAUUUGUAUGUUGUAUAAUUUGCAAACACUCUUGUUGGAAGGGUGUGAAAUGAUGACUGAUCUCCCAUCAAAUUUCUCCAAACUCAUCAAUUUAUGUCAUCUUGAACUCCCUUUUGAUCAUAGUGAUCGCUCUUAUAUAAAAAAGAUGCCAAAAAAUAUAGGAAAGUUGAACAAACUUCAGUCCUUGCCUUACUUAAUUGUGGAAGAGCAUAACGGAUCUGUUCUUCAGGAGUUGGAGAAACUAAAUCAUCUUCAUGGAAGACUUCAUAUUGAAGGAUUGGCUAAUGUCGUUGAUCCUGCAGAUGCUGCAAUGGCCAAUUUGAAAGAUAAGAAGUAUUUAGAAGAAUUACAUAUGAAUUUCUAUGAGAGAAGAGAAGAAAUGAAUGACUCAAUUGUUGAAAGAAAUGUAUCUGUCUUUGAGGCUCUUCAACCAAACAGCAACUUGAAAAGGCUCACCGUUGAAUACUACAAUGGCAACUCUUUUCCGAAUUGGUUAAAGGGUUGUCAUUUACCCAACUUAGUAUCUCUUAAAGUUAAGAGUUGUAGAUUAUGUUCUCAUUUGCCGGCACUUGGUCAACUUGCUUCUCUCAAGGAGCUUUACAUUUCACAUUGUGAUGGAAUAAAGAUCAUUGGCGAAGAGAUUUAUGACAAUAAUUCAACAAGUAUUCCGUUCAUGUCCCUUGAAGUUUUGAAAUUUGAGAAUAUGGACAAUUGGGAAGAAUGGUUAUGGCUUGAAGGGUUUCCUUUGCUUAAAGUGAUUUCUAUUUACAAUUGCCCCGAAUUGAAAAGGGUCCUGCCUCAACACCUUCCUUCUUUACAAAAUUUGUACAUAGCUGAAUGCAACAAGUUGGAGGAAUGUUUGUGUCUUGAGGGAUCUCCUUUUCUUAAAAAGCUUUCUAUUAGACAUUGUUCCAAAUUGAAAAGGGCAUUGCCUCAACACCUUCCUUCUUUACAGAAAUUGACGAUUUAUAAUUGCGAAAUGAUGGAGGCAUCGAUUCCCAAGGGUGAUAGUAUCUUAGAGUUAGAUCUACAGAAAUGUGAUCGGAUUUUUGUAAAUGGAUUGUCGACUUGCUUGAAAAAGUUUGUCCUUUUACAAAAUCGGUAUACCGAGUUCACGGAGGAGCAAAAUUUAGUAAAAUGUACCAUUCUUGAAGAGUUGGAGUUUGAUUUCAGAGGCUUUGUAAAACGUCCCUCUUUAGAUUUGUGUUGCUAUAAUUCUCUUCGUAAACUUUCAAUAACAGGAUGGCACUCCUCCUCCUUGCCUUUUUCACUACAUCAGUUCAUCAAUCUUCAUUUGCUAGCGUUGACCGAUUUCCAACAGCUGGAAUCGUUACCUUGGGGAGGUUUGGCCUCCCACUUGGCAGAGCUUGUAAUACGCAAUUGCCCUAAACUGAUUGCUUUGAGAGAGGAGUGGGGUUUGUUCCAACUCAAUCAUUUGAGACGUUUUACAGUUGGUGAUCAUGAGUUUGAAAAUGUGGAGUCCUUCCCAGAGGAGAAUCUUCUGCCACCAACUCUUGUGUUUCUUACUUUGCAUAAUUGUUCAAAGCUAAGAAUAAUGAACUACAAGGGUUUUCUCCACCUCAAUUCUCUUAAAUCUCUAAUUAUUAGAAACUGCCCUAGUCUUGAGAGCUUGCCAGAGGAGGGUCAAUUACUCAUCUCCCUUGAUAGUUUGUGGAUUAACAAUUGUCCAUUAAUAAAGGAGAAGUACAAAAAGGAGGGAGGAGAGCGUUGGCACACAAUUCGUCACAUCCGUGGAGUGAGAUUUUAAUGCAGGCAGGUCUGCCUAGUAAACACGAGACUUGAGAAAUGAAGCAGUCAGAUAGCUUGCAUCAACCAAUUACAAGGGAGUUUCCAAUUCGAGAAAAAAAACCAUGGUGAAAGGGAGUUUCCAUGGUGUUUGAAUCUCAGGUUUCACUUCUACACAGUUUAUCAAUGUAUCAAAGACCAGCGGCAUAACUAAGACUAGACUAUUACAGUGAUUCUUAGGUGGCUCAAGAAGAGAAGGACUGAAGAAAUCUGGAGAACACCAUAUUUUGUUCAGUAUUGCCGUCAAGGGAAGAAAUCUAAGCAGGUUCAAGAAGAAGGCUUAAUUAGUUCACCAAUCUUCAUUCUCUGGAGCUGUCCGAUUAUCCAGAGCUUUCCAGAGGAGGGUUGUUGGCUUAUGAAGAGAUUGAGUUUAUUGAGCAGAAAAACUGAGAUGUUAAUGCAGGAGACUUGAAACCAUACUCAUUUCCGUACACCGCUCUCAUUUCUGUGACCAUGAUAUACUCUUGCCACUGCGAUGAAGCCCGCGUAAGAUCCUGUUGCAACCUUGCAGGUCCCUUAUUUGAAUAGGUGAAUGAUUAAUUUAUUUCUUAACAAUUACAUCAAAUAAAAAAUAUGUGUAAAUAGAACAAUGAACUUCACCUAUUUUCUUAUUGUCCUUGCAUCAUGCCACAAUGAUACUUAAUAACAUUCUUCACCUAAAUAUUUAAAGUUGUGAUUUUUACAUAGCCACAAACAUAAAUGGUGCCUGCCUCAAAGAUAUAGUUGAACAUAAUAAGUUUUGCCUGCAUACAACUUCUGCAGUCUCUAAUUUUAGUGCUGCAUUAACACAAAAUUAAUCAAAAAACAUUUCAUGGCAUUCUUCAUUUUCAAUUUUUACUCAUUCAACGUAUUUAUAAAAAAGGUUUAAAUUAUUGAGAUCCUUUACAAUAAAUUUCACGUGUAUUCAUAUUUGUCAUUGUUCAUAGGUGAAUUAGUUUCAAAGCGUGCUUAUAUGGACCUUCAAAAGGGACACGGUUUGUAGAAGUAUAUUUGAAUGAGGAUUUGUUUUGAAGAUGAUGUUUUCGAGUAGUUGAAGGCUUUGUACGUACCAGGCAAAUAUUUGACUAUCGUGUAUCCAAGUGCUUCACUGAUGUAAAUGACCAUUCUUUGCAAAGCAUUACCAUCAAGAGACAAAAUCUGAGAAUACUCAAAUCUAACAUCUGCGUUUUUGUAUGCUUCCAGAGGCAACAAAUAAGUUAGCACACUCAAUUAGAGGGCUUAUUGAAUUUAAGUGAGUGGAUUAGGUUUGGAUGAGGCAUAAGGAUAAUGUGGUGAUGCUUAUGGAACUAUGUCAUUUUUGUGUCAAGUUAUCGAAGAAUGAUGAAUAAAGAAGAAAUUGAACUCUUGCUUGCCUAAGUUCUCAAACUGAUCAAGUUGCUGAAAAGAAAAGAGGUAGAAGAAUAGGAGGAACAUCUCAGUAGAUGAAAUAACUCCAAUUUUCAAAGAGGGCAAAGACCAAGAAAUGAGUCAAAGAGGGCAAACAUCUCAGCUAUUGUUAAUGUUGUAAUCUAGACAGUAGUAUUUAAAUACACAUGCAUUGUAAGGGAACUGCAGCUGCUCUGCAGUCAGAGACGUAAGCAAUAUUGGCUGAACUUAGUUAUCAAA